AUGGCGCUGCUGGAGACGUUCCGGUAUGCGAACUUCAUCCAUGCCGAGGAUGCUGUGACGAGCACCGAAUCGAAGGGUGGUGGCUUACCUCGAUUUGGUGGCGAAGCGCAGAAGCUUGCCGAAUACUGCUGGCGUGUGAGGGCGCGUGGCACUCGAGAAGCACUUCUGCCAGAAGAGGAGCAGAAGAAACUAGGACCACUUGGUUUGAGGUUGGUUGAAGGUUUGUCAGGGUCAGCACUUAGAAUAGCCCAGUUGAUUUCAACAACGGAGUUAGCUGGUGAAAAGGGUGCCGAAAUGUUGUUGGAAAAGUUGAAUGAAACCCUGAAGCCAAGAAGGAUUCAGGAAGCACGUGAGUUGUACAUGGCAGGUGCUCAGCAGAAUGGAAUGCUGAGUCGACAGCAAGGUGAACCUAUGGGAACCUACUUGGUGCGCCGUCAAGCAUGGUACCAAGCGAUGGUGGACCUCAACAAGGAGCUCAAACUGCCUGACCUGAUCUUGGCCGAGCAGACGCUCACCAAUGCCGGGAUCACUGACAACAUGCAGUUGUUGAUACGCUCUGCAAUCCAAGGUGAUAUGUCCCUGGAGAAGGUUGCCACUGAGUUGAUUGCCCAGCACUCCAAGAUCCAUGAACGAGAAGCUCGAGGUUUUGGACCCCGACGACAUGAUGGAGCACGACCCAAAGGCGAUGGCAGAUCUUGGAAGUCUCAUGGACAAGGGCAUCGACAUCAGCGUCAUGGCUAUGUGGCUGAAGAGGACUAUGACGAUUGGCAUGAACCUGAGGCCUAUCAGUCCUAUGACCCUGUCUCAGAGGACACCCUGGACUAUGAGGACACCACGAACUAUGAGUAUGAGUCCUACAUGGGCGCUUCUGGCAACGAUGAGUGCCAGAUCUUGGCCAUGCUGGCAGCUGAUGGUUUGGACGUCAACGAUGAAGAGUCCAUGGACUAUGCGGCAGAUGUGAUUCAGGCUGAGCUGGAAGCCUACUAUGCGAGGGACAGAGCCAUCAACAAAGGGAUCAAAGGUUUCAAAGGCAAGGGCAAGAGCAAGGGCACCAAGCACUUCGAUGUCUCUGGUCAGUUGUCAUUGACCGAGCGACAACAGCGACUUCAGCUUUUGAAAAGCCGCACAACAUGCAGGCGAUGCAACCAAGUUGGGCACUGGAGUGGAGAUCCUAGCUGCCCAAAGGGAUCUGGAAAAGGCAAACCUGCUGCUGGGGCCUCAUCCAACAAGGGUGACAAGGGUUCUGGGAAGUCGCAACAACCCAAAACCAGAACCGUGUACUUUGCAGUUCAUGGUGGUGAUGAUGAUGGUGAACAACAUGGAUACAUGGCACAAAGGUACAAUGCAGUACCACCUCCCAGCAGUUUGCAGGAUGGUUUUGUCACGCCACAGCAGACACCUGUGGCCACUCCGACACCAACGCCAGAUCGGCGACAGCUUGAUGACCAACUUGUGCCUGUGACUCAGGUUGCUGAAGGCGCCACCUUGACCCAAGACGAGCUCGACACCUUCAUGCUUGUGAAUGCCUUGGGUGUCGCUGAAACCCGUGAUGAUGGACGAGUGAUCUAUGAAGUUCCUGAAGAACUUGCAGGCUAUGGACUUCCAGCCAACCUGACUGGAUCUGGACUUCAAGAGCUCUUCAGAACUCUUCCACGACUGCCGGAACCUCUUGGACUUGCUGAUCUAUCCGGACAGUCUUCUAUGCCGCCUCCUGCUGGACCCAUGCCUGUUCAAGAACAAGCUCAACCUCAACCUUCGAUGAGCAAGGCAACAAUGCCUAUGCCAAGUGGACCUCCUGGUGAUGAACCUCCUCAACAUGACAGACCUCUAUGUGAACACCUCCGUGUGACGACACGUGGAUCCAAUGCAUACUACACCCUGCGACGAUGCCUUGACUGCGGAAUGGUUCUUUCACGAGAACGUCGAGAAUCCACCGUCACUGGAGCUAUGCCCAAGGGUGGUGCUGUUGGACCUGUUGGACAUGUCUUUCAUCCUGAUCGGAUGGACUGUCCUCACCACUCUGUGACCUGGGCUGGAACAAAUGCGUUCCAAUGGAGAAGGACCUGCCGUGCUUGUGGCGAAGUCCGCACUGGACCUGUGGCUGGCGCUGAGAGACUCAGAACUUCUGGAAGAUCUGGCCCUGGACUUAUGGCCACUGGCCCUGGACUUGCGGCCAACAACACUGGUCAUGGACUUUCAGCUCAGGCACCUGGACUUGGCCUGCAGCGACCAGUGAGAGUAUCUUCCUUCACCAUGCUCCUUCAGGUGAUCCAACAUGCCCUGAAUGCCAAACGAGCCAGCAUGCCGCAAGCUGAGACGGUGAGUUCCACAGAACUUCACAUGCUCAUGGACUAUGCCAUCGGUGUCACUGCACUUCAUGAACUUGAAUCUGGACACGCUCCUUUGGAUUUUCAUGGAGCAGCUUCUUCUUCUGCAGUGACUCCUCCAUCCACGACUCCUGUCCCUGGCACUCCGGCCAGUUCUACUCAUCAUGGACUUCACACACCUGGUGGCCAAAGCCAAGCUGAACACCUUGAAGAUCUUGGCACGAACCUUGUCAACUUCGGCAAGUUCAAAGGUCAGACCUUUUACAAGGCCUGGUGUGAUCGAAGCUAUGUGGAUUGGGCCUUGGAGGAGGAAGAGAAUGUCAAGCGAUCUGGAAAAUCCAUCGGAAGUGGCUUGAAGCAGCUUUGCCACUACUUCCGUGAGAUGCAGCGUCGUCCAUCCCCUGCUCCAUCGGUCUCUGGAUUUAUGGCGGUGCAGGACAGCUGUGGAUCAGAAAAUGACCUCAUUGCCAUCCUUGACACCGGAUGCAAUGCAACUUGUCAUGGAAGCCAAUGGUAUGAACGUUUUGUGCAAGCCACUGGAUGUCCCAAUGUCAGCUUGGACACAUGCGCUGGAUCCAAUAUGAAGGGCAUUGGUGGCAACAUGCGUGUCACUGGAAAACGUGUGCUUGAAGUUUGCUUUGAGUUGACAUGUGGCACGUUUGCAAGAGGCACUUUGCCUUCCCUGGAACUUGCCCAAUCGCAAGCUCCACUCCUUUUGAGCCUCGAGACACAGAGGCAACUUGGCUUCCAGAUUGACAUUGCCAACAACAAUGUCUUCAGCACGACCUUGCAGAGCAACUUGAAGCUUGUGCAACGUGAUGGACUUCUGGCGAUCCGUUUGAUCCCAAGCUACAUUGGCCUGAAGUGCACCAUCGAUGAUGAUGGCAACACCCGCUAUGAAACUUAUUUUGAAGAGCCUGGUGAACAUCAACUACAUCAACAACAAGGUGAUCAAGAUCACAGCACUCAGGCGUUGCACAAUGAUGCUGAAGAAGAUGAACUUCCUUUGACUCCGGAAGUGCAUCUCGCUGUCGAUGAGCUUCCAAAGACCACCCUCACAAAAGGUCAGAAGCGACAGCUGGCGCAGACCAUCCAUGAAGUCAAAGACCAGGACAACCACUUGUGGAGCUGCCUCAGAGCAUCCAAGCAUUUGUCACGACAGCCAAGAGUUUUGCCACGUGGCUGCCGAACGUUUUUGCUUGAGAUUUUUGCUGGUGCUGCCCUUCUCUCCAUGCUGGCGAUUGAUUUUGGACUUCCAGUCUCCCAGCCUGUUGAUGUGACCCAUGAUGGCAUCAACUUGAAAUGGAAGCAACACCGAGACUUGAUCGACCAGCAGAUCGAGAAGGACGACCCCUACUGCAUCAGCCUCUCGCCCACAUGUGGACCUUGGUCUCCUUGGCAAUAUGUGAACCUUGCCAAAGACCCCAGUUUUGAGAUGAAGCUGCGCGAGAUACGCCGUGAAUGGCGUCCUGUGGUGCAAUGGAUGGUGCAGUUGAUACGAAAGCGGCUUGCCAAAGGUCGCCAGAUCAUCUUUGAGCAACCCUGGCCUUCAAAGAUGUGGGAUUUGCUCUCAAUGCAACGACUCCUACACGACGCUCCAUGCGAUGCAGCAACUGGUGAGCACCUUGAAGCCGUACGAUGCGACCAAUGCAUGUUUGGGUUGAAAGAUGUGGUCAACAAGCUGCCCCACAAGAAGCCCACCGGCAUCAUGACUGCUUCUGCUGGUGUGAAAGAGUUCAUUGGCAUCCAGUGCUCUGGCGAUCAUCAACAUCAACAACUUGAAGGCUCCAAUCGGACACAUCGAGCUCAAGAAUGGCCUAUGGAAUUUUGCAAGGCUAUGAUCUCUGGACUUUUGCGAGAUCUGGAGCUCAACAUGACCAAGUUGGCCUUCCCAGCAGAAGCUGUGGUGGAAGAUAACCCUCUUGGAAGCCUUGACAAGAUCUACGAUGAGUCCGACCUUGCUCCACCUGGGCUUCACCAACAUCGAACAGAUGACAAGGAGCUCAAGGGUGAAGAAGAUCGUCAAGAACGCGACGAAGCUUUGGCAGAAGAGGAUGCGAUCAGAAAACAAGAAUGGCUGAGACUCCCUUACUCACAACGAGUUGCAGUACGUCGUCUUCACCAGAUGACUGGCCACGCAAGCACCUCAGCCAUGUCACGAAUGCUUCGUGUUGCCAAAGCUGCCCCUGAAGUCAUCCAACGACUUCGAUACUUCAAAUGUGAGGCUUGUCUUCAAGACCAAAAGCCCAAACCUCGACCUGUCGUCCGACCUCCAAAUCCCUAUGUGUUCAACUAUGAGGUGACGGCAGAUGUUUUUGAAUGCCGUGAUUCCCUUGGAAACAGAUACAGUGUUUUGAGCGUCAUUUGCAUGGGGAAUUUGUACCAUGCUGCUUGGGUGGUGUCUGAAGGUGGUGGAACCCCAUCCAGUCUUCGCUGCGCUGAAGUUGUCAGAGAUGGUUGGUUGCAAUUUGGACCUCCACGCUACAUGACUGUGGACCGAGGGGUGCACAACCGUGGCCAAUUUGCCGCAUUGAUGUCAUCACAGGGCACCUACCUACGCUAUGCUGGAACUGAAGCCCACUACCAGAUCGGUAGAGCUGAGCGUCAAGGUUCCAUCUUGAAAGAGAUGAUUGCUCACACUGUUCAAGGGAGGCACGUUGUUGGAUCUCAAAUGAUGAAGAUGGUUGUUUCUGAGUGCGCUUUUGUGAAAAACAACCGGAUCAACCAUGGCGGUUUUUCGCCUAGUCAAUGGGUGCUUGGUCGUUUGCCUGAAGAAGUUUGCAGCCUCACUGCCGAACGAGCUGAAGGAGAUCUUGGAGUGCAUCAAGAAAUCCUCACUGGAGAACACCAAUUUGCACAGCAGCUGAACAUCAGACAAGCUGCCAAAGAAUCCUUUGCCCAUGUGGACUCCAGCAACAGGAUUCGAACUGCCUUGAUGCGGCGAUCCACUCCUUGCAGAGGGCCCUAUUUUCCUGGAGACUUGCUUUGCUUCUACCGCGGCAACAAGUGGUUUGGCCCAGCUCGAAUGAUUGGCAGAGAGGGACGCUCAAAUCUCUGGCUGAUUCAUGGUGGCAUUCCCAUUGUCAUCUCAGAGGAGGGCGUGCGACCUGCACUUGCUGGCGAAGUCAUUGCCAAGCAGAUCACUGAACUGAAGCCAUCGAGAAAGCGCAAGCGCCAGAUCACCCAAGAUGUUGACCAUGAACUACCCUUCUUGGAUGACCUGGACUUCCUUGAUGGCAAUGAUGGAGAUGAAGAUGGAUCUGGUGGUGGACCUGGCUCCUACUUUCACCUUGGACGUGGUGGUGGUGAAGCAAAUGUUCCUCCUUCUCCUGGUCCGAUGAAUGUGUCCGAUGAUCAGCAACAAGCACAGCCUGAGGAUUCACACAUGACGCCUGAGGCGAUUGAUGGACUUCCUUUGGAUGGUGAUCCCAGCUUGCCACCUGGACUUGUGGCCUCACCAUCUGAACAGUCACCUGGACUUGUGACUGAGCUGCCUGGACUUGCAGCUGCGCCUCAGCCUCCUCCCGGAAUCAACUCACAAUUGCCUGCAGUUCCUUUUGAUGAUUUUGAUGAGUUGAUGCAGGAUGCUGUGCUGACAUCGGAUCAACCUCAACCUUCUGAAGUCAGAGGUCGUCUUCCGACCGUAUCUGAAAUUGAACCUGAUCAGGAAGAAGUGCCACCGACAGUUCCUCCAACUCCUGGCCCAAACACUCCACGAGAACCACAAGUCUCACAGCUCCAAGAGGCUAUGAGGAGAUCUGUCAACAAGCUUGAUGGUGUGCCCAAUAGACACCGCUCCAGAUCUCCACCUCCUCGUGCCAUGUUUGCAUCUCAGACUGAGAAGCAGCAACAGCAAAGCUCAACUUUUCAUGGUUUUGUGGCCAAGCGUGGUCCCAAGAAGAAUGUUCAGAAGAAGAUGGCGAAAGAGCUGAGCUAUGGCCGAGCUGAUGAGAGUUUGAAGGGACGCAUUGAUGCUGCCCGCACCAAAGAAUGGAACAACUGGAUUGGUUUUGAUGCCUGUGAAGUUAUUCCUCCUGAACAAGCUCAGCAGUUUUUGGAGAAGAACCCUGGCACUCAGGUGGUUCCAACACGAUGGGUUGACAUCAACAAAGCCCGUCAAGGUGAACCUGAGCAAUUGAAAUCACGUUUGGUUGUUCGAGGUGAUUUGGAGAGAAGUGCGCAAGAUGGUGGUGUGCGCACUGAUUCACCCACAGCAAGUCACCUGAUGCUUUCCACCCUUUUGACCUUUGCAUCAUGCCACUCUUUGAUGCUGCACUGUGGCGAUAUCACAGCCGCGUUUCUCCAAGGUCUUGGACUUGCACGUGUUUUGAUCAUGGCCUUGCCCAAGGAUGGUGUUCCUGGGAUUCCUGCUGGAAGCUUGCUGGUUGCCAAGAAGCCUGUCUAUGGCACCAAAGAUGCUCCCAGAGGUUUUUGGAGAUCACUGCACAAAACAAUGCUGAAGGCUGGAUUCCGUCCUGUGCCUCAUGAGCAGGCGGCCUACGUCAUGAAUGGGCCGAAUGGUGAGAUUGAUGGACUUUGCAUUUGUCAUGUGGAUGAUUUGCUUUGGUGUGGUGGUCAGAAGACCCAAGAUGCGAUGAAAGUGGUGCAAGAGCAACUCAAGUUUGGCAAAGUUGAAGAUACAUCCUUCAAGUACUGCGGCAGAACAAUUUCGCAGACUGAUGAAGGAAUUGUUGUUCAGUGCCCUCAUGGACUUGAAAAGACCCGGCCGAUCAUGCUUAGCACUGGCCGAAAACGUGACCGCACAGCUCAAGCGACUCCAGAAGAACAAGGACAGUUGCGCAGUGUCCUUGGCUCCCUCAACUGGAUUGUGCGAGUGUGUCGCCCUGACUUGGCCUACGACACCAACAGACUCCAGACCUGCGUGCAACGACCGAUUGUCCAAGAUUUGGUCGAUGCCAACAGCCUGCUUCGCCGAGCCCAGAUGACGAAAGAUCAGAAGUUGGUUUAUGGUGUUUGA